CACGCCGCACUUUAUUGUAUAGUCGAAAUCUGAAGUGUUUUCGGGAUUGGUGUUUAGGAAACGGCCGUGAUCAUGGAUGAUAAGGAGGCUUUCUGGUGGCUCAACAACCGCAAGAUCCCGAGAUACCGUGUGAAAUUCAGAAGACGAUCAAAUAAGUUGAAGGCUGCUGAGCCUUCAUGCAAGGAUCAAAACACGCUAGAGAUUAAAGAAAGUUUAGCUCUCGAGGCUGCAGAGGUUGCCAAGGAUGACCAUGAUACCGCAUUCAUGGAUGUUAUGACAGGAGGCAAGACCUCGUUUCCUGAUGGAGGAGAUGACACUGAACAUGCAAAUGUUGGAGGCAGCUGCUCAGACACGUGCACGGUGGUUUCAACAUCAAAAAUGGAGUGGUUGAAAAAGUGUGAUGGCAACACUAAAGGACCGUCGUACCCGUAGUUCGAGCUCUUAGUCGAGAAAGGGGUGUGACAGGAGAUAAGGGUUUAGGUAAAACCUCCGACGCGCCAAACCCCAGCCCUGUCUAAAGAAGUUUCUAAUUAAGAUUUUGUGUUUUCCUUUCCGCCUUACGGUUUUCUUG